UUACCCAGAAGCAAAUACCGCAUCCUGAGCUUUCACCAUGACACUGGCCCUACAAAGGCCGCUGGAGAUAACGUUCGUCCCUUUUGUGGCUUUUAAAUGUACGUGCAACUGACAGCAAGAAGUGUGCUUCCGAGACGUUGUAUUGUUGGAUUUUAUUUCGUGAGAAACUGAGAGAAUAUGGAGCUGGAUUCCAGAGCUGUCAGUUUUGAAAGACUGCUAUCAGAGGAGAGCACUUUCUCUGCUAACUCAGAAUUCACCUUGGAGGAGUAUCAGACUGAUAUCUACGAGCAGCUGCCCAGUUCACAGAAAAGGUUGCAGCAUAAGGAUCAAUCACCAGAAACCGAGGCUUAUUGGAACCCUAAUCAGCCACUGAAGACGUUGCCCCUGUGUUUACAGGAGAAAAGGAACAUUUGGGAGAGACAACACAUAGAGAGGCACACAAUUGGUUACUGGGCAUCAUGGAAACGAAGUCAGGAAACUGCAAGAAGACGACUGAGGGAGAACUCGGGGAGAGUCGUCUCUGGACUCCUGCUGUGGAAAGCCACCCUCCAUAACAUUGAAGGAAGAUUUGGUGCGGGGGUGAAGGCAUACUUUGUUUUCCUUAGGUACCUGCUCUUCCUAAAUUUCCUCAACUGUGCCAUCAUCGGUAGCUCUGUGAUGAGUCCCUCUCUGUACAACAGGACCAUAAACAUUACCACAAACUGGAACGUGUCACUAUUUUUGGAUGUUUUUCUGGGCUCUGGUUUUAUGGAGGACACUCCAGUUUUCUAUGGUUUCUACAAAAAUGUCUCAUUUGGAACAAAAUGUUUAAACACAGCUUUCUUCUUUUUCCUUGGCAUGCUCAUCCUGCUCCUCCUUAAUCUCAUCAUGAUAGUGCGCAGGACAGUGGUUGGUUAUAAGCACACAUGGCUGACUGGCAUUAAUUUUAAUGCAAAUAUGAGCUAUAAAGUGUUCUGUGGAUGGGAUUUCUGCAUCCGGGAGCCUGAAGCAGCAAUCCUUAAACGCAGCUUAAUCAGGAAUGAACUAAAGAUGGACCUUGAAGAGCAAAGGUUUCGUCAGAAAGUCUUAGGACGUUCAUUGAAGCAGUGGGUUCUCCUGCACAUCCUGCGUGUUAUUCUCAACUUUGUAGUGUUAGUUCUUCUUGGAAGCUCCUUCUACCUGAUCUAUUUUUCCACCACUGAACUAAAACAAUAUAUGCCUAAAAAUCUUCAUUGGACAUUGGAGCUCCUGGUUAGCUAUCGUUCACCCAUUACAAUCACCAUAGUCAAUUCUGUGAUGCCACACAUUUUUUCUUCAGUCACAGUGUAUGAAGACUACUCUCUCAGUACACAGCUUAAUGUCACCUUGGUUCGGAGCAUCGUGCUGAAAUUGGGAAGCUUAGCCAUGUACAUCUUUUUCCUUAAAGGAAAUGAAAGCAACAAAGGGAGCAGCAAAUGUGCAGAGACUGAGUUUGGAAAGGAAAUGUACAAGCUCAUGAUAUUUCACGCUUUGGCAACUUUCUGCAGUACAUUCUUGGUGGCGUAUCCCAGAAAGUUGUUGGUGGAGAAUUGCUUGUCCUCAAAUUUUUUAAAGAAAUUGGGCAAGCAGCAGUUUGUGAUCCCACUGAAGGUCUUAGAUCUGGUGUACAGCCAGACAGUCACCUGGAUGGGAGUUUUUUAUUGUCCUCUCCUGCCAGCCAUCAGCAUUUUAAAGCUACUGGCAAUCUUUUACAUCAGCAAAUUCAAUCUGGUGCGAUGUUGCGACCCAGCUAAGAAAAUGUUCCGAACUGCCAGCUCUUCAGUUCUGUUUAAUUUCCUGCUCUUACUUGGCCUCAUCAUGUCCGCUGUGACACUUGGGGUCAACAUAAUACGGGACGUCCCAGGAAAAUGUGGUCCAUUUCCAGGGAAUGAGUCUGUGCAUAUUGUGGCCAGUAAUUGUGUUAACACACUCCCACCUGCUGCAAAGGAAAGCCUACGUUACAUAACAUCUGAAGCUUUUGCAUACACGCUCAUAUUAACAGAGAUUAUCAUCCUGACUUUUUAUAUGUCUCGUGGGCGAGCCAAUAAGAAGGCCAUGGAAAGACUUAGGGAUAUGCUUGUUAUGUGUAGCUCAGACAAGCGUUAUCUGGUGAAGCAUCAUGCCACAUUGCUCAGGAAACAAAAGAAGAAGAUCAAGCGCUCGCAAAAGGUGGUCCCACAGCAAUGACGGGAACCUAUGAGUCACCUGUGUGUGAUUUCUACACCAAAUGGGCCUGGAACUAUAAUGUGAUUUUUUUUAAAAGAAUUGUCUACGAGACACAUGCAAGGCUCCGUUUUCAUAUAGGGAAGUAAAACGGAUGCUGAUUAAUAAUAUUCUGUCAUACAUUGUGCUUGCCAAAACCUGCUAGUUAGCACAAUAGGCUUAACAUUUUAAUACUGGUAGCAGUGUGAAAUUUUAAUGAAAAACAUCCUGAAUGGCCGAAAUGACAUUGAAGUUAGAAUACCUAUUAUUGAUCUGAAAAUGUGAGGCUUUUCUAGAUGAUAAGUGGUCAGUGGUUACCAUACCAGAUGAGUCAUUUUUUAUGUAAAUCAACACAAAAUAAAUCAAUCAUUUAUAGCCUCUUUGCAAAUUAUAUCAGUAUUCUGUAGGCCUAAUGCUAUCAACCAUAUAACUUUCACCUGCGUGAUAACCAUUGAAUUUCUAUUAUUUCUAUAGCAAAAUAACAUUAGCUUUAAUUUUGCUAGCGCUGUGUUUCAUAUCUGUGUUAAAUCAGUGUUUGUUUGUUUUUAAAUUAACUUAUUUAUGUAUAUUAUUUUAUACAGUAUAUAAAUUUCACAUUUUAAAUAAACGUUUUUUUGGUUGAAUAAACAGUUUAAUAAUCCUUUCAGU